CAUUUUGCCUUACACUCCUCACCUCUCUACACACUCACCACGAAGAAGAGGAACUUGCCCAAAAGAGACGCCAUGCAGAACACAGUACUGAGGAUGCUGGUUGCACUCAUGUGCAUACUGGCUGCGUGCGCCGAUGUCAUGCCAGUUCAGGAUUUCGAUUUGCAGAGGAUGGGAGGAAAGUGGUACACGGUUGGUUUUGCCACCAAUGCUGCUUGGUUUGUAAACCACAAGGAUAAGAUGAAGGUGGGGACUGCAAAUUUUGUGCCAACCGCUGAUGGAGACAUAGAACUCAAUCACGCCCACGUAAAGGAUGAUGGUACCUGCUGGAGAAUGAAUCAUCUGGCAAAAAAAACAGACACUCCUGGACGCUUCACCUUCUACAGUCAAAAGUGGAACAAUGACAAUGACGUAAGAGUUGUGGACGUAAAUUAUGAUAGCUAUGCAUUGCUCCACACCAUCAAAACAAGGGAUGGAGUAUCUGAGGUUUUGAACCAGCUUUACACUCGUACUACUGACGUUAGCGCGGACCUACAACAGAAAUUUCUGGACUUCUCCUUGCAGACCGGCGUCCUAGCUGAAAACGUUGCCAUGCUACCGAGUGCUGCUGAAUGUACCGAAGACUGAACAGUUUCCCCUUCGAAGUCGAACAACUCAGCUCCAGAGAUUUUUCAAGACUUCAGCUUUCCCAUUUCACACAACAGCCUUAUAGACAACAAAUAAUAGUGAGGCAGAGGGAAAAUAUUUGUGUUCACACUGCAUUUAAAAGAAAAAUGUUUCAACUGCUGAUGGUAUUGUAACUUUUGUUGACCCACAUCCCAAUAAAAAAUGACUUCUGAA